AUGGACAAGAAAAUAAUUUCAGACUUGGAUAAUUUUCCUGAAGAAGAAAAGCAGAGAAUGUCCACCAUAGUAGAACAGAUCCAAUUACGAGACAGUCUAAGGAUGUAUAAUUCACUAGUGGAGAAUUGCUUCAAGGAAUGUGUUAAUACAUUCUAUCGGAAAUCUCUGACCAAGCAAGAGGAAACCUGUGUUUACAGAUGUGCUCAGAAAUUCAUGAGGCUUUCAACGCAAGUUGGUUUGAGAUUUUCAGAUCUCAACCAAGAAGCAUCUACAACAGAUAAACCUAUUUUUGAAUAG